GAUGAGCCCCAGUUAAGUUCCUUUUCCUUCUCUUCCUUUCUUUGUCUUUUACUGAUACAGAAGAGGUAGCAGGUGGUACUGAUCAUUGUAUCUGCAUGCCACCCUCUUAUUAAUCCCCCCACUCUCUUCCUAUGUUGUAUUUUGGCCACACCUCUAUAUAUAUUUCUAUAUAUUUGUAUAUGUAUUCAGAGAGAGAGAGAGAGAGAGAGAGAGAGACAGCAAAAUAGAGAGUUGUCGGUUGCAUACGUAAAUGGAGGAGUGUGGGAUCAAAGGUCUCCGUCUGGUCCCAGUAGUCCUGCUCCUAUGGAACUGACAUAUGCCUUCACUUUCUCACUCCUUGUGCUGACUUCUUUCUAGUACUAAACCACUUCCGCUCUCUAUAAAAACUAGACACAAAACUUUGUUGCUACCCAAAAGUGAAGUAGGAAGAAGAACCUGUUUCUCUCCCUCCCUAGCUCCUUUCUCUCACUACGCAUUCACUUUUUUGGCAACCUAAAAGAUCAGGAAGAAUAGAAACUUACAACACUCAGCGUCACGCCUUCCUAACUCAAUUCAUCCCUUACACCAUUAACAGUACUUCUCUUUGUGGUCCUGCCACUCAAAUUACCAGGUCCAUAUUGCAUAGAAAUUUUGGGUCGAUCUGAGGAAGAGUUGCAGAAAAGUGGAGCUGCCGAAUAUGGACUGGAAUGGGAGUUUAAUUAGACCCUUCGUUACCCGACCAGAAUCUUCUUUAAGCUUCCUCUACAACUAUAACUACGACCAUUUUCCAGGAAUGGAGGUGAAGCAUCCAGCAGUGGUGGACUCGGCUCAUGGGAUGGUGCCGACAAUGGACAAGAACAGCAACUAUGGCACCUGCCAGGAGAAGAAGAAGCGAUUGACAAGCGAUCAGCUAGAUUCACUGGAAAGGAGCUUCCAGGAAGAGAUAAAACUGGACCCUGAUAGGAAAAUGAAACUGUCCAAGGAGCUAGGGCUGCAGCCUCGCCAAAUCGCUGUUUGGUUCCAAAAUAGGCGCGCUAGGUGGAAGGCUAAGCAGCUUGAGCACCUAUACGAUGCACUUAAGCAGGACUAUGAUGUCGUCUCUAGGGAGAGGCAGAAGCUUCAAGAGGAGGUUAUGAAAUUGAAAGCUAUGCUGAGAUUAGAGCAGCAAGCAGGAGGGAGGAAGCAAGCUGGCUCCACGGGCUACACAGAAAUCUCUGGAGAAGAGACGGUGGAGAGCACAUCUAUUGCCAUUAAUGGCUCUAACAAGACAAGAUCAGGAGGAGGAGGAGGAGGAGGAGGAGGAUCAGCGAGUCAGCAUCAUCAGAUUAAUGCAGACUGCAACUAUCUCUUCAAUGUGGAGGAGUAUAACCCAUUAUCUCCUCCUUACUGGCCGGGUGGCCUCCCUUCCUAUCCCUCCUAACUAUUUGGCUGUUUGAUUAUUAGUUGUUCAUAUUCAGCUUAGAGCGUGUUCUUUAGCUUAUUAGUAGGACUGAUGCAUGAACGAGACCAACUUGAAGAAUUGCUAUACAUAUCGAUGAUCAGCACAUGAGUACUGAAAAAGACGCUAGCUAGCUGUCGUCUCCAGGAUUUUCAUUAACCUACCUAUUUACUUGCA